UUAAACAAAAACUUGAAACCCACAGAGAAAAAAAGCAGAGAGCUUUGGCUUCUCUUUUCUUUGACGUUUCCUUUUACAACGCAGCCAUCAUUGAGUGUAACAUAGGUCUGGAAAGCAAUUUGUAACGACAGAAAAACAGAGGCAGAGAAAGAGAGAAACGAAGUUAAUUAUUAAUUAUAUCGAAAUCAGAUACCUUGGAUUUCUCUUCUUUUGCAAUUAAUUCUUUGUUUUGCUUUGAAAAUCAGCUUUCUUGAGGCAUACAUUGGUAUUAAGAAAGGAUUUUCUUGGUACUGAAUAAGGAAGAUGCGUUUAGUUUUAAUUCUUUCUCAGCUCUUCUUCUUCUUCUUCAUUGCCUCUUACGCGAAGACCUCAGUUAGAAAAAUACUCAGGACGACCAAUAACAGCUCUUAUAUUGGGGUGCAAUUACAAGUAACAAAGCAUCAACGAGUGGUGAUUGACAAUGGAAUUGUACGAGUCACUUUGUCGAUUCCAGGAGGUGAUGUCACUGGAAUUAAAUACAAAGGAAUCGAUAACGUACUUGAAAUUGAUAAUGAAGAAGAUAAUCGAGGGUAUUGGGAUGUUGUCUGGAACAAACCAGGAGAUCGUAUCAUCUAUGACAGGUUACAAGCAACAAAUUUUAGUGUGGUAAUGGAAAACGAAGACCAAGUAGAGGUUUCAUUUUCUAAAAGAUGGAGACCAUCCAUGGGUGAAUCCACAGUGCCUUUGAAUGUAGAUAAAAGGUAUAUACUGAGGCGUGGCAGCUCAGGACUUUACUUGUAUACCAUAUUAGAACGCGAAGAAGGAUGGCCUGACGUUGACAUGGAUCAAAUUAGAGUUGUUUUUAAGCUCCAGAAGGACAAGUUUCAUUUCAUGGCGGUUUCUGACGAUAGGCAAAGAAUCAUGCCAAUGCCAGAAGAUCGCAUCAGGGGCUCGCCUUUAGCUUAUCCUGAAGCUGUGCUGUUAACCAAUCCAACCAAUCCGGACCUUAGAGGAGAGGUAGAUGACAAGUACCAAUACUCGUGUGAAGAUAAAGAUAAUAAGGUCCAUGGCUGGAUUUCAGAUGAUCCACCAGUUGGGUUUUGGAUGAUCACACCCACUGAUGAAUUCCGUGUUGGUGGGCCCAUCAAACAAGAUCUUACGUCCCAUGUUGGCCCUACUGUCCUCAAUAUGUUUACCAGUACUCACUAUGCUGGGAAGGACUUAAAUACACAGUAUAGAAAUGGAGAGGCAUGGAAGAAAGUUCUUGGCCCUGUUUUUGUCUAUCUUAAUUCUAUAUCACCUUCUGAGGAUCGAGAAACUCUUUGGCAAGAUGCUAAACAACAGAUGUCAACUGAAGUUAAAAGUUGGCCUUACGAUUUUCCUCAAUCUGAAGACUUCCCUUAUUCUGAUCAACGAGGGAUUAUUUCCGGUCAGCUAAUAGUUCGUGACCGGUACAUCAACAAAAGGUUAAUGUAUGCUAGCUCUGCUUAUGUGGGAUUGGCAGCACCGGGAGAUUUAGGCUCAUGGCAAAUGGAAGCAAAGGGUUACCAAUUUUGGACUCAAGCUAGUAGAAAAGGAAAUUUCUUAAUAAAAAAUGUUCGAGCUGGGAAUUACAGUUUAUAUGCAUGGGUUCCUGGUAUAAUGGGAGAUUACAAGUACGACUUCAAUAUCACCAUCCAACCAGGGUCUAGCAUCAAAUUGGGUGUCCUUAUACAUGAUCCUCCAAGAAAUGGCCCAACUCUAUGGGAAAUCGGAAUUCCUGACCGCAAAGCUUCCGAGUUUUAUGUGCCAGAGACAUAUCCAACACUCAUGAACAAAUUAUAUACCAAACACCCAACAGACAGAUUUAGGCAAUAUGGUUUAUGGGAAAGAUAUGCUGAUUUAUAUCCUAGGAACGAUCUUGUAUAUAAUGUUGGAGUCAACAAUUACUUUCAAGAUUGGUUCUUUGCCCAUGUUACUAGAGAGAAAGGAAAUAAUACAUAUGAAGCAACCACAUGGCAGAUCAUUUUUGAACUAAAAAAUGUAAACCAAAGUGGAAACUACACUCUCCAGCUAGCCUUGGCAUCAGCUACAUUGUCUGAACUCCAGGUGCGAUUCAAUAAUGCCGGUGCCGAUCAACCUUUUUUUACUACAGGGUUAGUAGGCAAAGAUAAUGCAAUUGCAAGACAUGGAAUCCAUGGACUCUAUUGGUCGUACAGUAUAAAUGUACCUAAUGAUCAGCUUGUCAAUGGAGACAAUACAAUUUAUCUAACUCAAUCAAGAGAUGAUGGUCCAUUCCAUGGUGUCAUGUAUGAUUAUAUUCGUUUAGAAGGACCAAGAGAUACUUAAAAUUAAGAAAUUUUUAUGUAGAUAAAUUUAUUUAUUGUUUAUAUGUAUUUAAAUUCUUGUUUUACUAAAAAAAUAUAGUCUGUAAAUCCAAUCAUAUAUAUAUAGAUUGAUAAUAAAACAAGUAUAGAUUAUUUUUUUU